ACCAGCCAAGGUCAAAAUACUCUCUCAAUCUCUUCUCUUUCUCUGUGUAAUGGCGGCCAAGAAGACAGACGGAGACUUAUCUUUAUCCUCAGUCGGCUUAUACGUGACUCAGUCUCUCCUUCUGACAUUUUAAGCUCCAUUAAAACUCACCACCUUACUCCUCUCUGUUUUAUCAUUUUUCUCUUGGUGUUUUUCCCUGCUUUUAGUUCUACUUCUCUGCUAUUCCUCCAAUCCUCCAUUAAAUAUCUCUCUUUCUCGCUCUUUCCGCCUUGGUUUUCGUGUCUAUUUCUGCUUUUUUUUAAAGACCCAUUACCUCCCUCAUUCCAAAGAAAAGAGAAAGGGGUGGUACUAGAGUAGAGAAACCCAGAAGCUCGUUUCAAGAAUCAAGAUCUGACUUUUUGUUCUUGAGUUUUGUUUGGUUUGUAUUAAUCUUGUUUUUUGUUUUCAUUUUGUUCUUUAAGUGAGAAGAAAAAUGGGAAGCAAAUGGAGGAAAGCAAAGCUUGCUUUGAGUAAAAAUCUUUGUGUUUAUGUGCCAAGAACUCGUGAGGAUUCCCCACCUCCUGGGCAAUCUACAGAGAGAUUGUCUGAUGUUGCUUUGCUAUCUCCUGGCAAUUGGGACAUGGCUACCUCUCAGCCCAUGACACCAACUCCGUCUUCUCAUGGUUUAAGGUUGUCUAGAAGCAGCAGCAGAUCAUCCAAGCAAACCUGCUCGAUUUGUUUGACCAAAAUGAAAGAGGGAGGAGGUCAUGCUAUUUUCACAGCAGAGUGUUCACAUUCCUUUCACUUUCAGUGCAUUGCUUCAAAUGUGAAACAUGGUAACCAAAUAUGUCCAGUUUGCAGAGCAAAAUGGAAAGAAGUUCCUAUGCAAGGUCCUAUCUUAGAUCCUCUCCCUGGGAGGACAUCGAUCAACCCAGCGGGUUGGCCUCAAAAUGAUGCAUUAAUGACUGUGGUCCGUAGGUUACCUCCCCCUCGACGAGAUUUUAAUCGACGUCACAUUGUUCCCCUGCUUCAGACUCCUGAGCCAAGUGUAUUCAAUGAUGAUGAAUCUUUAGAUCACCAAGCUGCAGUAGCCGAGAAGAUCUCUUUCAGUGACAAUGUUACAGAUGACAGUUCUUUUAGAACAAUAGAAAUCAAGACAUAUCCAGAAGUUUCAGCAGUGUCGCGAACCAAAUCUUAUGAUAACUUCACAGUUUUGGUCCAUCUCAAAGCUGGUGCCAUAGUUAGAGGACCCAAUCUAACCAGAAGUCAUGCUAGUUUGUCACACCCUUCUCAAACUCCUCGUGCCCCUGUCGACCUAGUCACAGUGCUUGACAUCAGUGGUAGUAUGGCAGGAACUAAGCUUGCAUUGCUUAAGCGAGCAAUGGGCUUUGUAAUUCAGAACCUCGGCUCCAAUGAUAGGCUUUCUGUUAUUGCUUUCUCUUCGACAGCUCGACGUCUUUUUGCCCUGCGCAGAAUGUCUGAUGUGGGAAGGCAGCAGGCACUCCAAGCUGUCAACUCAUUGGUUGCCAGUGGUGGAACCAACAUUGCAGAAGGUCUGAAGAAAGGUGCUAAGGUAAUGGAAGAGAGAAGAGAAAAGAAUCCUGUUGCCAGUAUAAUUCUUUUGUCUGAUGGACAGGACACUUAUACCGUUAAUGGUAUAGGGGGUAACCUGCCUCAACCAAAUUACAAGUUGCUCCUCCCUUUGUCCAUCCACAAUGGUGAUAGCACAGGGUUUCAGAUUCCAGUCCAUGCUUUUGGUUUUGGUGCAGACCAUGAUUCUUCGUCAAUGCAUUCGAUUUCAGAGAUUUCCGGGGGGACGUUCUCCUUCAUCGAAACAGAAACUGUGAUCCAGGAUGCAUUUGCACAGUGCAUUGGAGGUCUUCUAAGUGUUGUGGUGCAGGAGCUGCAGGUAGGAGUUGAAUGCAUGCACCCGAGUCUUCUGCUUGGUUCGGUAAAAGCCGGAAGUUAUCCAAGCCGGGUCAUAGAUAAUGGACGUGCAGGAUUUAUUGAUGUUGGAGAUUUAUAUGCUGAAGAAGAGAGGGAUUUUUUAGUAUCAAUUAAUGUCCCAGUUGAAUCUUCCAGAAGUGAGACACCAUUGCUGAAGGUGAGAUGUGUCUACAAGGAUCCCCUAACCAAAGAAAUGGAAACUAUGGAGAGCGAUGUACUUAGGAUUGAAAGACCAGAACUGGCUGGCAAAGAAGUAGUGUCAAUUGAAGUUGACAGGCAAUGUAACAGACUUCAAGCUGCAGAGGCGAUGGCACAGGCAAGAGCCACUGCUGAGCAGGGAGAUUUAGCUACUGCUGUUUCUAUCCUUGAAAAUUUUCGACUAGCAUUGUCAAGCACUGUGUCAGCUAAAUCUCAUGACCGGCUCUGCAUUGCACUAGAUGCCGAACUCAAGGAAAUACAAGAGCGAAUGGCUAGCAGGCAUGUGUAUGAGGUAUCUGGAAGGGCAUAUAUUCUUUCAGGAUUGAGCUCCCAUUCCUGGCAGCGAGCAACAGCAAGAGGUGACUCCACUGAUGGCUCCAGUCUUGUUCAGUCUUACCAGACCCCAUUGAUGACUGAGAUGCUUCAUCAAUCUCAGGCUAGCUUACUGAGCUGUCCAUCAACUCAGAGGCUUAUCCAGCCAUUAUGGUUACUUAAUUCACAACUGAGUCCAAGAUAAUCAUCACGGAAAACUUUUUUCCGGUACAUUUUCCAAAGAGAGGGGGAGUAGAUUGGAUAGGUAUAAGAGUGUUUUUUGGGGAUGUUGUGAGUUUUGCUCAGGCAUAAGGAUAUGUUGUGAGUUUAACUCUCCUAUUUUCCAAAGGGUUUUUUUUUGGGAUGUUGUAAAUGAAGAAUAAAAACUUGGGGAAAGGGCAAAAAGAUAUAUUGGGGUUGGAUAAAAGUGAAGGGAAACUGGGUAGGUCUAAAGCAUUUUGGUUUCUUUAGUUGUUUUUUGUCGUUGGGGCGAUGUACAUAAGGAGAAAUGGGUUUUUCUUUUCUCUAGGAGACAACAACUGGGUAUAAAGUUUGUAUUUGGAAAUGGUCGGGGUGGUGAUCUCUUCACAUAAUAUAAUAUUUAUGAGCUACCUCUCAAUUAUUGUUGCAGUCUCAUCCUCUAUCAUUAAAGAAACAGAGGAUUUGUGAGUUCAGUCA